UUCACUACACGUGCGCUUCGUGCACCAAAUUUGCCUGUUUGUGAACAUUGCGACGAGAAAAACUAAAGAAACGCGUGACAAAAGAAAACAAUUGCCGUAAAAAAUGGUGUUCUUCAUCUGUAAUUACUGUGGAGAAUCACUAAAAAAGCAGGUUGUAGUUAAUCAUAGCUAUCGAUGCAAUCAUCAAAUUAACGUAUCGUGCAUGGACUGCCAGAAAGAUUUCUUGGGCCAAGCGUACGAUGCACACACUGCAUGCAUCAGUGAAGCGCAGAAAUAUGCCCCCGCAGGAUAUGUACACGCCGUAACCAAGGGUGUCAAGAAACAGGAAGACUGGAUCAGUAAGGUACGGUCAAUACCGGAAAAGCACAAUGGUCUGUCUCGGGGUGUUAUGAACGUGUUUGAAAUCAUUAAGCGGAACGAUAACAUACCGCGCAAACAGAAACCAUUUAUAAACUUCUUUCUAAACUCGAACCGAGGAACAAGCAGGCGUGAUGUAGAAAUGGCUUGGAACCUCAUCUCACAGGAAGCUCAAAGUGGUCAGCAAACGCCGGCCCAAACAAACGGUCAGGAAGCGAAGCCAAGCUUACCAUCGCAGAAUGGUACGUCUGAUUCCAAGAACAACGGUGUAAUGCAAAAGGAGAUGGAGAAAGAAGAUGCACCGGUAAAACAAAAGAAGGAAACGAAACCAAGUUUCGAUAACGAUGAAGCUCCUAUAGAGAAAAAGCAAAAGAAAUCAAAGAAUGCACCAGAAAACAGUUCCGAAGAAAAAGAACCGCAACCCACUAAGCAGAAAAAGCGAAAGACGAAAGACACUGCCGAAAAUGGACACGAAGAGGAAGAACAACUUCCAAGCAAGCAGAAAAAGCGCAAAACGAAAGAUUCUUCACAAAAUGGUAACGAGAAUGGAGAAGCAUCACCGGGGAACGAGACUAAUGUUGGUGAUGCCAACGCGGUACAACAGGAACAAAACGGCGGUGGGGAAAAAUUCAACUUGGGCGAAGUAAUUCGCACACUUCUCACUACACAAAACAACGAAAUGAAGCUGUCCAAGUUAAAGAAGAAGGUUAUGAAACGCUACCAACAAGCGACUGGCGAAGAAGUCGAUGGUAAGUUCGAGAAAAAGUUUCAGAAGAAAAUAACCAAGACUGGCUUCGUGGUGGAAAAUGAUACCGUGCGAUUGAUAGAAGCUUAAGAGAAAUAUAAUCUAAAACAUAUGAACGUGUUAUCAUACAAAA